AUGGAUGAUUCCCUGCAUACAAUGGUGGUUGGAAUGCUGAAGGCUGCCUUUGGAACAGUCCCUAUGAUCUCUUCCAGCUCUAUUUUCUCAAAUCACCAGCUCAGGAAGCCAAGGUUUUCUGAACCAUUGGUGCAUGCCAAGGACAGGACCAUCCAUUUUGAAAACCCAAAAAUUGGGUAUAUCAAUGCUCCUGCCACAGUUCUGGAUGUGCAUGGCAGGGUGAUAGUAUGGUAUCUGCCUGGUAUUGUCCCAGAUGCACGGAUAGAACUUCUCAAUUCCCUUCUCCUUUCCAUAAAAGACAAUCUUCAGACUGAGCCCAAGAACAAGCCAAAAGACAAAAGCAAGCUUAACAAACAAUAUGGCCAUAAGCAUCAGCCUGUUGACCAAGUCAUGUAUGGACAUGGCAGGAUUUCCAUGUCUCCUGCCACAUUCCAACAGGCUCAUGAGGGGCUGACAAAUUUAAAGAGGUUGGUUGAUACACUCUAUCAAAGCACAUCCCUCAAACAGAAAGCCAAUAGGGAAUGGCUGCUCAAGAUUUCUUAUGUGGAACACUUCUGGAGCAAUAUAGCAAAGGUCUCAUUGCCAGAUAUGGCCAGGGCUGGUGAUCAAGCAAUGUUGGCCAAGGCUGGCAGGGUGGAGAAUGAGAUAUCCCUGGAUUGGCCAUCGGUCUAUACCAACAUUGAUAUUAUUGUCAAUCAGGAAACUCCCUCUCACCGAGAUGUCACAUCCACCCCAACCCUUCUGGAUUCAUUAGUGAGCCUGGGUUCUCACAAUGCUAAAUUCCUUAUUCCAGAUCUGGGGGCCGAACUGGCUUAUUCCCCAGGCACCAUGAUUUUCCUAUCAGGAAAAAUCCUUCAACAUUCUGUGCCAAAGUGGGAGAAGGGAGAAAGAAUUGCAUUGGUGCAUUAUAUGAAGGACAAAGUACAUGACCGACUCAAGGUCACAAGACCAGCAUGGACUACCCAAAAGGACAUUCUUGGAACCAAAGUCCUUGGCAAAAGCUCUGCAGGAGGUUUGUAUAAAUUUGAAGUCACUAAAACCCAGAGAGGAAAGGACACCUACAAGGAGGUGGAUGCUAGACACCUCUACCUCCCAUCUCAGAGUCAACCUUCAACUCCAAGGACCCCCAGGACAAUAGGCUCCCAAAAUGUUGUCCCAGACUCCUUUGACAUGCCUACCUUGGACUGGAAUGAUGAGGAAGAUACCCCAAAUACUAGGAGGGUUACCAAGAGUCAAAAUGAUUUCAUCAGAGAAUGGCUGCCUUGGAGAGCAGAAUAUCUCAAAGUCAUUCUUGAGGGAGAGCAGCUGGCUAAGGGGGGGAUAUGUACAAAGAUGGAAUGCUACUCAUUACCAGGAUACCUCUUUGAUGGCACUUGGGUUCCUUUGGCACAUUGGCCAUGGGGGUCAUCCUUGCCCUCAAAACAGACAGAAUCAGGAUCCAGACUCAGAGGAGUUGGGCUAUACUUCUGGGGAAGGGCCUCCCAAUUACAGGACAGGUACCGAGAGCUGAUGAGGGUUUCCAGACUGUGGAGGGAUUUGAAACAUAGGAAAUGGUUUGGCUUUGGUCAUGAUAAAGAACAAGAUCCUAGACAAGGAGAACUUGCACUCUUUUGUCCUGCCUGCCCACAACCAGGUAUUAAUUUACCUCCAGAUUGGAAAACCCAAUAUGACAGUGAUACCAUAAUGAGGCAAUAUGUCAUGGAUGGCAACUUCACUGCUCAGCAUAUGAAAAUGAACAAGCCUGAGUUGGAUGUGUCAUUAGCAGAUGGAACUGGUUACAUGGUUGCUGAAAAGCCCUACCAGGCCCAUCUUGAGCAGUCUUUGGAUAACAAGGAGCCUGUGCUCGGCAUGGUUGCUUUGUUCCCCAUUCUGUGGUGGACUUUCAGAAAGGGGAAAAAAAGCAUCACAAAGGCCCUUGUCAUUUAUGAUGUUGGGUGCCAGUGGAGUAUUAACUUCCAGAGUCGGGUAAAAUCCAGCUGCUCUCUCCAUCUCCCUCCCUCCCUGGAAAUCAUUCCUGCUGUGGGGAAGUUUCAUCUUGCUGCCCACAAACUCUCUUGCUUUCCAAGAUAUAGCCUCAACUUUAUCAAGGGUGCUGGUCAUCUGGAUGGUGAAAUUUUGGAGACAUUGUGGGCUCCAUUCAAUAAGAUCUCUCCCACUGCAAGGUCUAUGACUCAGGCCCACAGACAAGAAGUGUAUGAUGACCAUAUGAGAGAUUCUAACUGGAAAAAAAUUGUCAACAUGGUUCCUGCACUGUUGAAAAAAUACAAGACCUCACACAAGUGCCUAGAAGAAAUGAAUCAGGCAUAUGAGCAGUUGACAGCUGUUCUAGACCCUGGCCAACUUGCCCAAUGGGAGUCAGAUGUUCUUGAGGCAGAAGCAAAUCAAGGUGAUUCCCUAGACAUUUAUUUGUUGAAAGGGGAAAAAGCCCCUACCAUGGGUGAAGUGCAGUUAAAGCUCAUGAAAAAUCCACCUGUGUCCCCAGGGAGCCAUGGUUCUGUGGCUUGGCUUGUGGAAGGAAUUAGCAUAGAGGAUGCACAGGACCAGCUAAGAUCUGAGCUUAGACAGAGCCACAUGUCUACCAGACAAGAAAUCAAAGUCUCAGAGAAAAGAAAAAGACUUUCUGCCAGGAUUGACAAAUUCCAUGGCACCAGCCAGGCAUUUCUCAAAGGUUUGGAGGUGGACGAUGUCUUCAUACCCCAGGAUGAUCCAGCAUUCCUUGGGCAAGGUGAAGAAAUUGAUGACAAUGGAGAGUACUGGGAAGAUGAUGAGGAUUGGGAGGCUACAGAAGAAGGAGAGGAGCUACCUGCUGAGCUCAUGAGUAUAUGGAUGCCCUCAUCCAUUGGAGCAACCAAACUGAUGGAGCUUGGCCUUCAUGACCUCCUCAAAGAAGAAAUGGAACUCAGGAUUGGGCAAGCUAAUGAUUGUCUAGACCAGCUCCGAACCAACCUUGGACACAAGGCAAUGUUAUACAGACAGAACUUCCGCAGUGCACAAUCAACUAGGGAAGGUACAAGAACCAAGCAGGACAUCCAAAAAGUGGUGGCUCAGAUAAACAAGCAGGUCAGAAGUUAUCAGAGGGCAAGGCAGGCCAUUCUCCAGUUGGAACCCAAUCAAGAGAUUGGACAAAAAUAUCAGGCUAUUCAGCCCCAGGACCUGGCAGUGAGUAAGGAUGUUACAGAGGAGAACUGGUUUGGGCAGGGAACCAGCAAAAUGGCAUGGUUUUGGAUGAUGGAUGGUGAACAGGGUCAACUGAAUGCUGAGAAGGGGGGUUUAAUGGAGGAGUUUUACAGGAUCAACUGGCUCAAAGCAAGGGCAAGAAGGGACAGGUGGAAAGAAGAAUUGUCAUUGGUGAGGCAUGAGAUGGUUUGGGCCAUCUUAUGGUUUGAGUUCCAGAAGGACAUAUGGGAGAAAAGGGCUCUACAAUUGUUGGAACCAGGGAAAAAGGCUUAUGCUCAUAAGCAGAUAGUGUUGUGGACUGACUUUUCCAAAAAGGCCCAAUUGAUGUUCCAAGUCUACUCUGAUCUGCUGUCCUCCUAUGUGGAGCAGUACACAGAUGCCCGAGGGAAUCCUGACCUCAGGGCCCAGAUCCUGGCUGAUGUGAAAUCCCAGAUCCUUCAGCAAGCAUCUUCAGGAUCUGUGGAAUUGCCCCAGAACUUGAGAGUGGCCAUCAGAAGGGUGUUUUUGCCAGAACUAGACCCUGAAGACCAGGAUGAUGAGGAACACAUCAUUGAGAGCAUCCUGGCUGCAACAGACAAGAGGAAGGAGCAGCCUGGGACUGGUGAGGAUGAGGAUGGCAGAGAGGAGAGGACCAGACCUACCAAGGCUGGAAAUUACAGAAAACCCUUCACUGAUUUUACUGCCUCCCAGCAGCUCUUCAAAGAGGACAUGGAUGCCUAUGAUAGGGAGAGGAGGGACACCAAGGACCCCAAGACCAUAGGUCAGAGGACCAAAAUCAUCCAACAGUGGUGGGAGUCUCUUGCAGAUGACAAGAAGGCUGAAGCAGGGAGGGCUGCUUCCAAGUGGAAUAAGUUGGGAGCUCCAAAAGAAACUCAUGAAUUGUACAGGAGAAAAAAUUUUCCCAACAUGGCCAGAGACUUUAUUGAAACAGUCAGGAGGACCAUGGGGUCAAAUAUAGUGAUGUUUCUGGCUCAUGAGACUACUGAUUCUCAGAUCAAGAUGGCAGUCUUUGAAACACAACCCCCUGAUGGGAAGAAGGCCUUCUCAGAGUCUUCAGAGCCCACCAAGGAUUGGGUUCUAAAGGGAGAGCAAAUGUUAACCAAUUAUCUUUUGACUGAAGCUGCUGAGGAAGAUUUGAAUGAUGAGAAUCCAAAGGUGGAGAUAGCCUUGGAUGAUGAAGGAAACCCAGAGGUACCAGCUUGGACUGGUCAGAAACUCAAGGUCCAGCAGAGUUUGGCAAGAAUGGUCUUCCAGGCUGCCUAUGUGCAUCUACAGUUGUUGAUGGAAGUUGGAAACAUAGCAAAGUUUACAGGGAAGCCCAAGGCCAAGGUUCCCUGGGGCCUGCUUAUCAAGUCCCAUUUGGAGUAUCUGAGUUCCGAUUCCAUCCCAGAAGGAUUUGUGAUGAAAGAUCCUUCAAAAUGGACCAAGGCUGACAUGUGGAUGCUUUGGAAUCAUUGGAAUUCCCAAGAGGAGGAGGAUAAGGUGAUUGUUUCAUUCAUCAAGUGCAAAAAGGAGGAUGAGCCAUUGGGAAGGCCCUGGAACAGGAAAACCCCAUCCAAAAAGAGAGAGUGGAUGAGCCCUGGGGAGGACAGUGAAGCUGGGGUGGAGGCCAAGCCCUCAGAUUUAGGGGAAGAAAUUGGUGGGGCUGGUAUGACCCCUAUAGCAACUUCAUCAGGGGCCCAGGAUAUCCUUGACUCUGGGAGGGCCCCAUCUGAAGAUACCCCUCAUGAAUCCAGCCCUGCUUGUCAUGCCAAUGGGGACAGGGUGAAAUAUUUAAAGUCCCUUUGCAUCAUGCCCAGGUACCAGGAACUUGUUGAGCUUGUAGAUGGCUUGCCAGAGACAGAACCUGAUGCUGGACCAGUCAACCUGCCUGUCUGGGCAUCUUGGGCCUGGAGUGCCCAGUAUUUGCCCCAGGAGAUGCAUGGCAAUGAGGAUUCCUUCUGGAAGGCACUGUAUCAAUUGCAAAGUGAAAAGUUUGCAUCCACCCAGAAAGGUCUUACCAUUGUACUGGGAUUUGGUUUGUUGUGGAGGGAGUGCAAAAGAGCACAGGACAUAGAAUCAGAUGACCCUGAAGCUGCUAAUCUGGGCUUUUUGCUAGGCUCAGGUCUUGAUAUCCACAAGGGGGAAGAUGUUAUGGGUGCAGUGGGGCUGGUAGUUGCAAGACUGCAGCAGAAUUCUGGUGGCUCAAGCAGAGGGAUUGGUGCACAGGAAACAACUGGGGUCAGUGCAGGGGAUUCCUGUCCCACCCAGGGGGGUGGCAUGAAGGAAUCCCAGAAUACAAGAAAGGAUGUGAGGAAAAGAAAAAGGGGAGGCAGUGGGGAUGUUGAUCAGAAGAUGGCAAAGGAGGGUGAAGAGGCAAGCAAGAAAUCAACUAGAGCUUGUCAACCAACCAAGAGAGCUCUGGGUCUUGGUCUAUAA